AUGCAACAGCAACAUGCUAUGCAGCAGCAACAGCAACAACAGCAACAGCAGCAGCAGCAGAAUGCUCAAGUUCCACCUGCCGAUAAGCUGGAUAAUAUAUCGAAGGUCAAGUCUUUGAUUGGACCGCUGAGGGAAUCACUUUCGGUUACCUUAAAAACAGCAGCACAAGUCUUACAUAAGAAUCACCAACUUGACACAGGAAUGGUAAAGUCCACAAUUGAUGAUGAUACUCGGUUUGAUAAAUGCAUUGAAGACUUUUAUUCAAAGUGUGAUCAAAUCGAAUUACAUUUGAAAACUUCCAUCCAAUGUCUGAGCCAAUCAGCAUCCGCACACCAGUACUUACCUUUACCAGUGGCUGCAACUCGUGUGGAGCCUUUACCUCCACCUCAGCCCGAACAAGCUGCCAUUUCGUAUCCACAAUAUCUGUCGACUGUCAGGUCACAAAUAAGUUAUGCUAAGGAAAUACACGACACACUGGUGGCUGCUGCCCAAAAUAUAUCGGAAUGA